CCAACCUUCAACCCCUCCAUCUUCCAUCGACCGGCGUAGAAUCGGGCGGACACAUUGCGUCGAGCUUAAAAUCCAGCCUCACCAAGAUAUCAUUCUACCUCAGAACUACGAGAUAGCCAACUCCCAUUGGAAUCAGCUCCACUCAGUCGACAAUGACGACAACACCCAAGCAGCGCCUGGCGCUGGCCAUCUGCGACUUCCUGUCGACGUCGCUGACAGAUGGCACGCUGCAGGCCGAGGAGAAGGACUCGAUCGAUGUGGCCAUCAACUGCAUCGCCGAGGCCUUUGGCGUGGACCCGUCGGACAAGGCCGCCAUGACGCAGGCCGUCGGCACGCAGAACCUCUUCCAGAUCUACUCUGUCUACGAAAAGCUCAAGAACGCCGCUCCCAAACCCACCACCUCUUCCAGCAGCACCGAAUCCUCCACCCCCGGUCAACAACAACAGCAACAACAACCGCCAACCGUAACCGAAGAACAAAAGAAGCAAGCCGAAGCGCUAAAAUCCAAAGGCAACGCCGCCAUGGCGCAAAAGGACUACGCCGCCGCCAUCGACCUGUACACGCAAGCCCUAGCUCUGACACCAGGGAACCCCAUCUUCCUCUCGAACCGCGCCGCCGCGUACUCCGCAGCGCGCGACCACGAAUCCGCCCGCGCCGACGCCGAGGCCGCCGUGGCCAUCGACCCCAAGUACACCAAGGCGUGGAGCCGGCUGGGGCUGGCCCGUUUCGCUUUGGGAGACGCAAAGGGCUCCAUGGAGGCCUACGCCAAGGGCAUCGAGCACGAGGGCAACGGCGGCAGCGAGGCCAUGCGCAAGGGCUACGAGACGGCCAAGAGGCGCGUCGAGGAGCUUGCUGCUGACGAACAGGCCCCUUCUCCCGCGGCGGCAAGGGAUGCACCCGGUGGUUCUGCUGGUGCUGGGGGAAGCGGUGGUGGGCCGAGUCUGGCCGAUUUGGCGGGCAUGUUUGGCGGUGGUGGUGGACGGGGUGGGGGCAAUGGUGGUGGUGGAAUGCCUGAUUUCGCGUCCAUCAUGAACAACCCCAUGUUUGCGUCCAUGGCGCAGAACCUCAUGAGCAACCCGGAUCUCAUGUCCAAUCUGAUGAACAACCCGCGCCUGCGCGAGAUGGCCAACUCGUUCACCAGCGGCGGUGGGAUGCCGGAUAUUGGCUCGUUGAUGUCGGAUCCGAGCAUUGCCGAGAUGGCUCGGAAUAUGAUGGGUGGUGCCGGGCGGGGCGGUCCUGGAGCAGGGAGGUGAUCAUAUUAUAUGGAUUCUGAAUCUGGUACAUAAAACGGCUUAAGCCUCGAGGGUCUCCAUGAUACUGAGAGUGAGAGCAGCGAACCAUACACACAUAUCUUUACGGUCUGAUUGCUCUGGUGUUAUUGAUGUUAUAUCCAAAGGUCGUCUGGUUCUUUGCCUCACUACACCAGUAAUAAGACAAGGGAAACUGCAGGUGGAACAUAACACUGCUUUCUAGCUUCCAGAACACACUACAGCUCCCCAGAGGAAAAUGUCAUGAAAUACAGUGUACAACGGACACCGGAAACCCCUUUUUAUAGGUAUCAGUAGAGCUACACAAAACACAUCCUCCCCCUA